AUGCUAACUCUGCUACAAGUCGGGCUGCUUGUAGCGCUCGGCGCCGUUGCACAGGUGUCAGCGGAAUGUUGCGCACCCGGUGACCAAUCAGAUUUUUGUGUCGUCUUUAAUAUGCUUUCUCCUAUAGAACAAGCAGAAGUCAUGAGUUACUUGGUACAACCUCUUGUUGAAAAUCAAGGUAAAAUACGUAAAAAUUCAGGUGCGUUCGGUAAGAAGGGGUCGGACCCGAAUUUCUUGCGAUUCGGCCGAAAUCAGCCAAAUUUCCUCAGAUUUGGAAAAGCUUCUGGCGAUCCAAAUUUCCUACGUUUUGGUAAGUUGGCUAUUUCAGCAGUGGUAUAA